CUCCGCCUCCCUUUCCUCCCCGCACUCCAGCCCGGCGCACCAAACAGCAACCACCGCCACCACCGAGCGCGGCCGAACACUUGGCGCCCGCCCACGCAAACAUCAUCCGUUCCGUCGCCAGCCGCUCUCUCGCUCCCUCCAUGGCUCCCAAGAAAGCGCCUUCUCCCGCCGCCGCCGUGGCCGACGGCAUGAUGGAGCCGAGGUUCCGCGGCGUCCGGAAGCGGCCGUGGGGCAGGUACGCGGCGGAGAUCCGCGACCCGGCCAGGAAGGCACGGGUGUGGCUUGGCACCUUCGACACCGCCGAGGCCGCGGCGCGCGCCUACGACGCCGCCGCGCUCCACUUCCGCGGGCCCAAGGCCAAGACCAACUUCCCCGUCGCCUUCGCUGGCGCGGGCGCACCGCCGCCCAAGGUGAUGGCGGUGAGCCCGAGCAGCAGCACCGUAGAGUCGUCCUCCCGCGACUCGCCGGCCGCGGCGCCCGCUCCGGCGCUGGUGCCCGCGCCGUCGCUCGACUUGAGCCUGGGCACGCCGGCCAUGGUGGCCGCCCAGCCGUUCCUGUUCCUGGACCAGAGUCUCGCGGUGACCGUGGCCGUGCCGGCGCCGGUGCCUCGCCGGCCAGCUGUGGUCGCCGCCAACAAGGCUACCUGCCGUGAAGACGAGAAGAGUGACACGGGGUCGUCGUCAUCCGUGGUGGACGCCUCGCCGGCGGUUGGCGUGGGGUUCGACCUGAACAUGCCGCCGCCGGCCGAGGUGGCGUAGGUGGGUUGGCGCAGCGCCCGAUGACAUGACGACUCUGAGAGCUCUCAUAGAAGCUUAAUUAGAACAUGUAUUGUUAGUAAGAGGUUGGUUAAUCGAUCGUUAAUUUGCCACGAUGGGUUCCUAGUAGGUGUACAUAGGUCGUGUUCUUUUUGCAUCGGCAGAUAAGUAUAAGAAAGUCUGCUACCGAUGUUAGGAAAUACCAAAAACGUUUUGCUGUUCAUUGUAACAUAUGAACCUCUGGUUAAUGAGAAAUUCACUGUCUUUUGUUCCUAAA